AGCGAUGUGCCGACAGACUUUUGGAGCGUGCCCGUGUCACAAACGAGGUGUGCACGUUGCUGGGUAGGAGGCGCCCCCUGGCAGACUUGCACAGUGGCAGCAACAGGGAUAGGGCCAAGGCCGAGCGUCAAGUGCUGAGCACGGCUGUGCAGGGCUCAGCCGCAGACCUGCUCCGAAGAGCACUCAUCUCACUUGAUGAUGCCCUCGCACAACGCUUUCCCGACUCAAAGGGUCUGCUACCAGAGGGGCCACCUUUGCAUGGUGUCCUUGGUCCUUCAAAUGCACGACGAGCUUUUGCUCGAGGUGUGUGAAGCCGAUCUCAACACUGUGUCCGGCAUGGUGCGCAAGUCCAUGGAGGAGGCGGCCGAGCUUUCCGUUCCUCUCGUGGUGCGGCUUCGUGCUGGGCCCAACUGGGCUCAUCUCGAUGACUGGAGUGAGGUCCACGACCAUUGGCAGAUCAGACUGGCUUGUUCAAAUUAUUGCUGCUUGUGGCCUCUAGAACACUGACGUUGCUACAAUUGCUGUCAGGCAGCACAUGGCCAAUGCUGUUCUUCAAAUUGUGUGACUAGUUUAUUUAAUUUUGCUCCCCAAUGUCCGUGUUGGCUGUGUAUACCGUGACGUGAAGCAUUCAUUGGUGAACCAAUCCUCGCAAUCCAUAGACAUAUUUUAUCUUUAUUGCGUACUGCAAAAAAAA